CAUAGCCGCGCUGUCUCCCACCUUCACUCUGAGCAGACUGUUUGUUGUCAUCAAGAUGGAGUUCUUGCUGGGGAAUCCUUACAGCACUCCUGUUGGCCAGUGUAUUGAGAAGGCCACAGAUGGCUCCCUGCAGGGCGAGGACUGGACGCUCAACAUGGAGAUCUGUGACAUCAUCAACGAGACCGAGGAGGGGCCCAAAGAUGCCAUCCGUGCCGUGAAGAAGAGGCUGAACGGAAACAGGAACUUUCGAGAAGUGAUGCUGGCCUUAACGGUAUUAGAGACGUGUGUGAAGAACUGUGGCCAUCGCUUCCACAUGCUGGUGGCCAACCGGGACUUCAUAGACGGCGUGUUGGUGAAGACCAUCUCCCCCAAGUCCAACCCCCCCGCCAUCGUCCAGGACAAAGUGCUGGCCCUCAUCCAGGCGUGGGCGGAUGCCUUCAGGAGCAGUCCGGACCUGACAGGUGUGGUGCACAUCUAUGAGGAGCUGAAGAGGAAAGGCAUCGAGUUCCCCAUGGCAGACCUGGACGCACUCUCACCCAUACACACACCACAGAGGGGAGUUCCAGAGGUGGACCCAGCCGUGCUCAAGUACCGUCCUCCAGUCCAGCAGCCCACCGUGGCGGCCCAGCCUCCCCCACCCAGAGCAGCCCCCCCAGGCCAGGGCUCGACCACCGCCUCCCCCUCUCCCACACGCACACCUCCCGCCACCCAGGGGCCCAUCGCCGCCAACCCAGAACAGAUUGCCAGGCUGCGUAGUGAGCUGGACGUGGUGCGUGGCAAUGCCAAGGUGAUGUCUGAGAUGCUGACGGAGAUGCAGCCGGGACAGGAGGAGGCGUCCGACCUAGAACUGCUCCAGGAGCUGAACAGGACGUGCAGGGCGAUGCAGCACAGGAUCAUGGAGCUGAUCUCUCGCGUCUCCAACGAGGAGGUUACCGAGGAACUGCUGCACGUCAACGACGACCUCAACAACAUCUUCCUCAGAUACGAGAGGUAUGAGAGGUACAGGUCUGGUCGUGCUGCUCAGAAAAACGGGAUGCUUAGUGAAGCCACUGAGGAUAACCUGAUAGAUCUGGGCCCGGGCUCGCCUGCGGUGGUCAGUCCUCGGGCCACGGGAACUCCCCACUCCGCCAGCCCCACGCCCACCCCUACUCCAGCGUCCCCACCCAGAGCUGCCCCACCCAUGUCCCCCCCUGCUGCCACCGCUGCUGCUGCUGCUGCACCCCUCAUGGCCAACGCCACCGCCUCUCCUGCCACCCUCUCCACACAGCUCGCCGGCCUGGACAUGGGUGCAGACAGUGUGAGUGGAACACUGAGCACUCUCUCCAGUGCCCCCCCUCAGCGGCAGGACGACUUUGACAUGUUUGCCCACACCAGAAGCAGCUCCCUGGCAGACCAGCGCAAAAACAUGACAUAUGAGGAUCCCCAGGCACUCGGAGGCCUGGCCUCUGCCCUGGAUGUCAGACAGCAAAAUACAGCUGGGCUGAGGGCUAAUGAUGAUAGCGCAGAACUCCAGCCCAUAGACAGCUGGCUCAUCACCCAAGGAAUGAUUCCCGUCUCGCAGUCCUCUGUCAUGGAUGACAUAGAGGAGUGGCUCUGUGCUGAUGUGAGAGGCGACAAGGAAGAAGGGGUGACGAGUGAAGAGUUUGACAAGUUCCUGGAGGAGCGUGCUAAGGUUGGAGACUCCGUAUUACCGUGUGUCCCCACUGGAGAGCCCAGCCCCCCCGUCAGUGCCCGUAACAGCAGCAACAGCAGCACAGGCCGCAGGAAGGCAGAGAGGACGGAAGACGCCCUGUUCGCUUUGUAGAGACUUCUGUUUGUUUCCCUGCCCCAUCCUCUCUGCCCCCGCUACCACCCACCUCCAUUUGCACUGUAGUCUUAGGCUGAAGUUGAAAGAUCCACUUUCUCACCACAUAGUGCAAAGUGAAAUAUAGAGAGCAAUGGCAACGAGUGACGUGCAAGUUACGUGCAGUUACGUGCGAGGGAUAUUCCGAUUGUAAAUGGAAUGGUGGCAGUAUUCACUUUGUGCACAAGUCAUAUAAGCUCUUUAUUCAUUCGAAAUGUGGCUGUAUUUUGGGAAUAUUCCAGUGUUCCACACAUGUUAGCAACAUAUUCUGGAACUUGUUUUAAAACGAAUACUGACGAUAUUCAAUUUGAAACCGGAAUACAAUAUUCUAUUUGAAACCGGAAUUUUUUGUGCAUGUAGCUGCACACAAUGUAACUCGUCCCGUGUUGUGCACUAUUUAGUGAAGGAGUGAAUAUUUUGGACACAGUCUGACAGUCUUACUACCCCCAGGCCCUCCUUUAGCACAGGCUUUCACUGGCAGCCGCUCACCACUGCAGUCCUCGGUCCAAUACAGAUAGUACUGUCUGCACCAUAUUCUGGCUCAUCACGUCAUAGUCACCUGCAAGUGUUCUCAGUCGAUUUUAAGCACACCUGUCUGGUAGGGUCUUUCGGCCCUGUCGUCUUUUGCCGUCAUUUUGUGAUGCGAGCUGAAGUGAAGCAACUUAACACUGUGAGGCAAUGGGCUGAGUGGGUCUUGCGAUUAACCUAACAUUCUAACUGUCUGUGUCCGUCCUGUCCCUCCCUCCCUCCACGAUGCUACAAGUAGUAGCAUCAGAAAAUCUAUUCUGAGACACAGACUGUCCGAGAUCAACACUUCCCACACGCAAAACGAGGUGCGAGGGGGAGGACUUUUGAUAUGAUAUUAACCCCAUUCCCUGUUUGAUGAUCAUUCCUGUUGUCUAUUCUUACAAGAAUUACUUGCACUAAUGCCAGACUAUGGUGAUAUAUGGUCUGAAAAUAACUGAAAUUCCUGGUAUUUUCCACAGCCAAAAUGAUUUAGAAAUUAAUUUGCUCUUGACUUGCUCUUCUCCUGUGUGUCUCACAUUCCUUCUCUGAUUUUUCCUCUGUUCACUGUUUUUUUGUUUUCCUUUACUCUCCCCUUCCUUUUCCUUCCUUGGUGUUAUGAGGCGUGGCUUAAACCUGUGGAAUUCUCUUCUGCCACGCUGUUGUGUUAGAAUGAAGCCAAACUAUUUGGCACUUUUGAAGAAAGGGAAUGAGUUGGAAGAGGCUUAGAGUUAAUUUUUGAGACACCCUCUCACUCACACCAUGUGGCCCUCACAGCAGGACACAAACAACUCUACAGACAGGCUCCGUAAUGUUCAAAACAACAAGAUACAGACAAACACACAAAUGAACAAACAAACAAACAAGUAAAUAAACAAAAGAGCUGACCAAAGAGUCUAGACUGAAUAAGUUUAGCUUUCACAGGAUGGGCACAGUGGAGAAAAAUCAUGCGUUUCAUCUAAGACGUACGAGAGCCAGACACAUUUUUGUGUGUCAGAUGCCACACAAUCAUGUUCUAAUUUGGCCUCAUUCCAAAUAAAUGUCAGGUCAGGUUCCAUUUUCAUGCAGAUGCUCUGUAGAUGUAAAGAAAAAAAAUGUUUUAUGCACAUUAGACAAUGAUGGAGAUGCUGCUCUGGAGUUGUGUUGUAUUCCUGUUGCAAAGUUUGAGGGAAGAGCAACAUCGACUUGUUAUUGCACUUUGAUUCUUAGACGUGUCCCUUCUCAUUCCAACUCUAUUCCAAAUCAUCAAAAAGAAGACAUUGACAAGGGCACUCUGAAUCUAGUUGAGAUUAGUUGACUAAAAUGAGAAACUAGACAUAACAAAGAUGACUGAGACAAAAGAAACAAACAAAUCUAGCACUGACUUUAUUUUAUAAAUUCCACUUGUAUAGUCUAAACAUGUUUUGACUGACUUCAUGGCUUAAUCGUUACUGUAAAAAUUUGUAUCAAUAUGUAUACGUUACAAAUGUAUAUACAUAAAAAUCAUGUAUAAUAUGCUGAAAUGUUUUGUCUGAACUUUAGCUAACUGCAGUAAUUGGUUUCUAUUACAUGUACUGUUGAUGUCUUUGAUUUUGAAGUGUUUUUUUGUGGUAUGCAAUGCAAGAUGAUGCAAGUGAUUCCCUAUAUCCGGGUGACUGCUGCCAUUGCACAGCCAGUUCCAAUGGUCCCUCCUUUAACAAAUCCCAAAGCUUUGCUCUCGGCUGGAGUACCCUUCUACCCUUCUGGAGUACCCUUCUUCUUUAACGCGGUCCGUUAUAUUAAUCUUAUUGUAGUGAUUAUUCGAUAACAUCAUCUUCAAAGAUAGCAAUUGACUCUCAUAGUGGAGUUUGGCUGUUCUAGAGCUCAGUGUGAGAGUAUGCAUAAUAAUUCCUUCGAGCAGAUUCCAUAUAUACCUUUUUAAAAAGUGUAUCCUGUGAUCAGUACAACUUCACACUACUCUUUAGUGACAUUGUAUUUACUCAAAGAUUAGAUUUAAAUUUGAUCUGCAGCAGCAAACAGAACCGUUAUAAAUGAUGUAUACAUUGUAGAGGAGGUAUACUUUUAUCUCAGUUCUCAGUGUUGUAUUUGAUAAUACCUGCUUGUGGCUGAGGUAGCAAUCAUGUAUUUAAUACAGUAUGUAAUGCUGUUACAAAAAUGUAACGUCUUAAUGUGUUUAAUUUGUCCUAAAGAUUCUUAUUUUGUAAUUGUCAAAUUAUUUUAAUGAAUCAGUAUUUUUAUUUUAAGUCCUCUCCCUUUUUUUUGGUGUGAUAUAAGUCAAGUGAUCAUACGCUUUAAUUAUCGACUCAUUGUAAAUUGUUUCUUUUAAAAUAAGGAAUGCAUCCAAUUCUUUCUUAUUUAGGUGAGCGCAGUCUCUUUGAAACGUGGGGAAUGACUGAAUGAUGUUCCCCCUUUCUUAUGUUUUCAAUUUUACAAACCCAUCAUCUGCUGCAUUUGUGUAUGUGUGUAUGCGUGUAUGUUUCUUGGGGCGUGUUUGUGUGUGCCUACAGACAUACCUCAAUUGCGACAAGUGCGCUCAGUGUGUGUUUAUCUACCGUCAUAACUGCAAAAGAAUGCCAGACUGACAAACAAAAAAGGGGGGUUUUGUAUGGCACUUCCAGAGCGUUCCAAAAUGCUGUGUUGUUGACAUCUGAGGCCAUGUCAGGACUCAGAAGCGUUGUGUAGCCCCUGUUUGAGUCCUACUGAUCUGGACGCUACAGUAUUGCAAAUUUCAACUGUCUGACCCAUACUUAACUCAAAUAAAACACUAGCAAAGUGUGA